GCAACGCGGAAGCGAACGUCAUCGUUAAGGCUAAGGCCUGAGUUUGAAGAUGUCGUGGAUAAAGGAAGGUGAGCUGAAUCUUCUCGAGAAGCUCUCGGCCAACGUCAUCAAGGCUGGUCCGAUGCCCAAGCACGUUGCCUUCAUCAUGGACGGCAACCGACGAUUUGCCCGCAAGAAACACGUGCAGCGUCAGGAGGGGCAUAUGCAGGGCUUUAACAAGCUAGCGGAAACCCUGCGCUGGUGUUUACACCUGAGCAUCCCUGAGGUCACGGUGUACGCGUUCAGCAUUGAGAACUUCAAGCGAGCCAAAGAUGAGGUGGAUGGGCUGAUGGAGCUGGCGAAACAGAAGUUUUACAAACUGCUAGAGGAAAGGGAGAAUUUGGAGAAGCAUGGCGUGUGUAUCCGAGUACUGGGAGACUUGACCAUGUUGCCACAGGACCUUCAGCAGCUUAUCGCCAAAGCUGUGGUCGCAACCAGGGCUCACAACAAAUGUUUCCUGAAUGUGUGCUUUGCGUAUACCUCAAGACAUGAAAUUGCCAACGCCAUCAGGGAAAUGGCUUGGGGGGUGGAGCAGGGCAUUAUCAAAUCGAGCGAUGUGUCAGAAACCCUUCUCAGUGAAUGUCUGUACAGCAAUAACUCCCCCAAUCCUGAUCUACUUAUCCGCACAUCUGGAGAGGUUCGACUCAGUGACUUCCUCCUUUGGCAGACUUCCCAUUCGUGUUUGGUGUUCCAGUCAGUCCUGUGGCCAGAGUAUUCAUUCUGGAACUUAUGUGAAGCCGUCCUCCAAUAUCAGUUCAAUUACAGAUCCAUUCAGAAAGCUCGAGAUCUCCAUCGAGAGGAGCAGGCCCGCCAGCAGGUGGAGGAGGACCGUGCCUGUGUGGGGGAGCUCCUGCAGCAUCAUGGGAAUGGAAAGCCAGCUGAGGCCCAGAGGAGACAGGAAGCACUGUCGCAUUACACCGUAUGCCGAGAAGAACGGAUUCAGGACUUUUUAAAAGCACUGAAGCACAAGAGAGACUCAUUCUUUAGUGAAUUAUCUAGUCAAGCUGCUCUGGCCUAGAGAGGCUGCAGAGAAUAGACGCCAUGUUGAAAUGGGAUGUAACCCAACAUCGGUUGUUCUUCCACAAAAGGGCUCUCAUGGAAAAGCAGAAGAGUAAACAGGAGCUGGAAACAGUUUCUUUUUGUAUUACUGAUUUGUACAAAGAGGGCAAUUUUACCCCUAUGGGGCUGUUGUAAAAUAUGGAUAUUUAUGUAACUAGAUCAAAAGUCUAAUAAGAGGAAUGAAUUGUCCGUUCAAGAUUUAGCUUAAGAACUAAUAUGUUGUGUAAAUUGUGUCUAAGUUGCAUGCUGGUGAUUGGAGGAUCAGGUUCUACGAGCCUAACCCUGGCUUUAGGGUUCGGUAUCCACUGCAGUUGGCUUGAAAAAUUUGAAAUUGUAUGAUUUCGUGACUAUUGAGAGCAAUCUUGAUGUUGUUUAAAAUGUUGAUGUUGAUGGCAUAUAAAACCAUAUUUUGACCAGCUUUUUAGGCAAAAUAAAAAUGUAUCUGUAUGAAACGCAGUAAAAGAUGUCUUGAUGCAUGCUCAAUGCAUCUGCAAAAACCUUAGUGCUUUAGCCCAAUAUGAUUUAGAGUUUAUCUGUCGUGAGCCCUGACA